AUGGCUCAAGCAUUGAAGAAGUUCCUUCCAUUGUUCGAUCGCGUCGUGAUCGAGAAAGCUGUGGCUGCGGUCACGACUAAGGGCGGCAUCCUGAUUCCUGAGAAAGCGCAGGGGAAGAUUAUUCAUGGAACUGUAGUCGCUGUUGGCCCUGGACAGCGUUCUGACACGGGAGAUUUUGUUCAGCCUGUAGUGAAAGUGGGUGACGAAGUAUUGCUUCCGGAAUACGGAGGAACCAAGAUCAAUUUGGAGGACAAGGAAUACUUCAUCUAUCGCGACUCGGAUCUCUUGGGCAAAUUCGAUCUAUGA